AUGUUCCAUAAGCAAAUAGAUAAUCUGAUAGACUACACUGAGACCAGCGAUGUCAAGAUUGUAUUUUGGUGGCCCACAUCUUUUCUAUGGAAGAACUCUGAACUUGAUCUAGGCUACUGGACAGCUCAGAAUAAAGCCUGGUUUCAAGACCACCUGGCAAAAAUAGCAAAGGCAAAGUGA